AUGGCCUUCACCAACUCCUCCCUCUUUGCUUCCAAUCUCACUCUCCGUCGCUCUAUACUUUCCGAUUCCGAAUUUGCCCCUCCGGACGAGGCCCCCAAGCUCCUCCAUGCCAACACUUUGUCCAGAAAAUUGAACGUUGCGUGUGCCUCUAGCAAUGGUGUCAAUGCAGUUGGUUCCUCCUCGCCGAAGUCUGAUCAAGAUGCUGAUUAUGUUCCAAUGGCAGUUGUCAUGAUUGAUCAAGAUUCUGAUUCUGAUGCAACUAUUGUGCAACUCAGCUUUGGGGAUCGCCUCGGAGCUCUCAUUGACACUAUAAAUGCAUUAAAAGAUUUGGGAUUGGAUGUAGCAAAGGGAACAGUUGUCACUAAGGGACCGGUUAAACAGAAGAAGUUUCAUAACGCGGUUGUGAGUACCUAUUUUGGUUUUUGGUGUUUUGUUUGUCUUCUUUUUUUGUUCAAUGCCUAUGUUAUGUUAUGGAUACCCAGGAGUUCUACAACAGUUCUGUGCUAGUGGUUAAGAUUGUGGAACACUAUAAUCCCAUAACAGUAGGUUGAAAACAUAAUCUAGCUAUGCAUGCCAACCAAUUGGGUCUCUCCACUAACAGUUUAAGAUUUCAGAAUAGCUGUAGACUAACAUUCUAUCAAAGCAGGAGUAUUCAGUUGAAGUCCUUGUAACUACAGUAUCCUAAUAUAAGUUGAAAUAUGCUAUGAGAGUCAUGAAAAGUCAGUGGUCGUGAUAGAGAACGGAGAAUAAAACUUGCUACCAUUCAAAGAAGAUGAACUAACUGUGUCUGCCAUUUACCUUGAGUUAGUAUAACUAUUGAGUAUGUCAUUUACCUUGAGUUAGUAUAAACAGCAAGAAGUGAUGAUAUAUCCAUAUAUUGAAUUGUAUGAGACCUACAACAAGUUGUAAAUUGUCUAAUAUGCAAGAGAUGGUCUCUGUUCCAAUCUCCAAGU